UUUGAGCUGGCUGUGGAUGCUGUGCACAAGAAGGUGCCCAAUCAGCCAGUAGGGCCAAGGAGGGAGGAUAUUGUAGACACUAUGGUUUUCAAGCCUGCUGAUGUCAUGUUAGUGCACUUCCGCAAUGUUGAUUUUAACUACGCCACCAAAGAUAAGUUCACAGAUUCUGCCAUUGCCAUGAAUUCUAAAGUAAAUGGAGAGCACAAAGAGAAAGUACUACAACGCUGGGAAGGGGGAGAUAGCAACAAUGAUGAUUACGACUUAGAAUCAGAUAUGUCUAAUGGCUGGGACCCAAAUGAGAUGUUCAAAUUCAACGAGGAAAAUUAUGGUGUGAAGACAACGUAUGAUAGCAGUCUCUCAUCAUAUACAGUCCCUCUUGAAAAAGAUAAUACAGAGGCUUUUAGGCAACGAGAGGCCAGAGCUGCACAGCUAGCACGAGAAAUUGAGUCAAGCCCACAGUAUAGACUGCGUAUUGCAAUGGAAAAUGAUGAUGGGCGCACAGAAGAAGAGAAGCACAGUUCAGUGCAAAGACAAGUGUCUGGAAGAGCCAGCCCUAAUUUGGCUUCCAGAGAGGGAAAAUAUAUCCCACUUCCCCAACGUGUCAGAGAAAGCUCCAGAGGAGGCAUACGCUGCAGUAGUUCUAGAGGAGGGAGGCCAGGCAUGGGCUCCUUGCCAUCCCGUGGGAGUUCACAUCAUUCAGAAAGCAACACUGGCUCUGCUCCAGAGCAAAGAGGUAUCAAUGGAGGUCCAUCUAGAAUGUCUCCAAAGUCUCAACGACCCAAUCGAGGGGCCAAGAAUAUGUCUUCCCCAACCAGCCGACCCAUGGAAGUCUCUGCUGCAUCUCCUACAGUGGGCCGUCUCUAUCCUCCUCGUUCACCGAAGUCUGCCUCAACUGUUCCAGUCUCUUCCCAAGAUCCCCCUGUGGGAUCAGCUAUCCCUAUUGCUCCUGCAUCACCUUCUGAGUCAAGAACUACCAUGGAAUCUAGUGCUUCCCCGACCCCACCUUCACCUAAAGUCCCAGCAUCUAACCCAGUAGCUGCUGUUGAAGUUAAAGAGGUGCCUAACUCUGCCACCAAAGAAGCUGGCAGGACUGUAGAAAUUAUGGGGCCCUCAGACUUGGUCAAGCAGACUAGCAAAGGUCUCCAAAAUGAGCAAAAGAGGAAUCAGCUCGAGGAGUUGAGGAAGUUUGGAGCUCAGUUUAAGGUGAGCACAUUUUCUUAUCCCCCUUCAUUUAAAGAGGAGGAAAACAUUGAGCACUUUUAA